AUGUUCAAUCUCAUCAAAUCAAACCUCAAUAAACGGGCUAUGACAAUGGCGUGGUAUUGCUCUGGAUCUACCAACACUGAGUUGAUUGAGAACUUAUUUAAGGCUGGACUAAUCCAGAACGAGCGUGUGAAAGAUGCCAUGAUCGGAGUUGAUCGAGCACAUUAUGCUCCAUCACGGGCAUAUUCAGAUUCACCUCAGCCCAUUGGAUAUGGAGCCACCAUAUCAGCACCUCAUAUGCAUGGUCAUGCAUGUGAGUAUCUGAUUAAUUAUCUCAAACCAGGUGCUCGAGUGUUGGAUAUUGGAUCGGGUUCAGGAUAUUUGACACAUGUUCUUGCCAAUCUCGUGACCGAUUCCAACACUCAAGGACAGGUAAUUGGCAUUGACCAUAUCUCCGAGUUGACAGACUUGGCUCGCACCAAUAUGAACAAGUCCAAGAAAGGUAGUGAACUCCAAGCUUCUACAACUGUCAAGUUUAUCACCGGUGAUGGACGUCUUGGAUGGAAAGAAGGUGCACCCUACGACGCCAUCCAUGUUGGUGCUGCGGCCGAUCAACUUCACCCGACUCUGGUGGACCAACUGCGUGCUCCUGGAAGACUUUUUAUUCCAGUGGAAUCAGAAGAUGAGAGUGAAAAUCUCAACGGUGGCCAGUAUAUCUGGGUGGUGGAUAAAAGGGAAGAUGGAUCUAUCCACAAAGAGAAGGUCUUCCAAGUGAGCUAUGUGCCCUUGACAGAUGCUCCACGAGGAUGA